AGUUGUAACUUGCUGUAAAUUUACACUGUAUUUGAUUCAUGUUUUGUUAGCUAAUCUAGCAAGCAGAUGCCGACUGCUUCAACUUAUUUUCAGAUGAAUAUAUGUGCAUAAAACAGCUCAUACGCCACUCCUACUAAGAAGGGAGGAUGGCACACCACCGCACCCCACCUGAGACAUCCCAGAGGACGGAGUACCUAGAGGCUGAUAAUGAAUCCGACAGGGACUCUGGUGUUGGGGAUGAUGCAGGAGAGGAUGCUGACAGUUGCCAUGAAAGCACAGUAACAGAAGAAGAGAAACUUGAGAACCACGAUGGCGGGGAAGGAAAAAGUGGGGAGGGAGAAGAUUUUACAGUCUUUGUUGCCUUUCAAGGAAAUAUGGAUGAUGAAGACUUCAUUCAGAAACUUGAGACAAUCCUCAGAGGGAUACCAAACAUGCUUGAAAUGGGCCCUGAGCGGCUUCAACCACAGCAUGUGGAGCCGUGGAACAGUGUGCGGGUUACCUUCAACAUUCCUCGGGAUGCUGCUGAGCGUCUCCGUCUGUUGGCCCAGAACAACCAGCAGCAGCUCAGAGACCUGGGGAUUCUCUCUGUCCAGAUAGAAGGGGAAGGUGCCAUCAAUGUGGCUAUGGGACCAAAUCGAGGACAAGAAGUCAGGGUGAAUGGACCAAUGGGUGCACCUGGUCAGAUAAGAAUGGAUGCUGGUUUUCCUGGUCAGCCUGGUCCAGGAGGGGUUCGAAUGGCUAAUCCAUCAAUGGUUCCUCCAGGGCCUGGCAUGGUAGGUCAGACUAUGUUACCAAGUAGUAGUGGACAGAUCCACCCUCGACUUCAGAGACCACCUUCACAAACAGAUGCGAUGGAUCCAAUGAUGUCAGUCCAACAGCAGCAACAGCUUCAGCACCAACAGGCUGGUCCCCAUGGCUCAGGCCCCAUGCCUCCUCAAGCUGCCCAUCACAUGCAGGCUCUACAGGCUGGGAGACCGCUCAAUCCUGCUGCACUGCAGCAGCUACAACAUCAGCAUCACCAGCAGCAACAGGCUCAGCUCUCCCAACUUGGACCUAGACCUCCAUUCAACCAAUCAGGCCAGAUGGCUGCGCCCUCUGGCUGGAAUCAGUUGCCUCCUGGUGUCCUCCAACCACCCACAGCCCAAGGAGGCCCUGCCUGGAGAAAGCCCCCACCCCAAGCACAGAUGGUUCAACGCCCACCUUCCCUUGCUACAGUUCAGACCCCCAGUCAUCCUCCGCCCCCCUACCCAGUUGGCAGCCAGCAGGCUGGGCAGGUAUUCGGUGCGAUGGGACAGGGACAAUUACAGCAACAACAACAACAGGCUGGAAUGGGUCAGUUUGCUGCUCCCCAGCCUAAAGGUCAACAGCCUGCCACUGGUGUUGCAGGGCCACCAAGACCCCCUCCACCCCUACCACCAACUACUGGACCACAGGGUAACCUCACUGCCAAAUCCCCUGGUUCGUCCUCAUCUCCUUUUCAGCAGGGUUCACCAGGGACACCACCUAUGAUGGCUCAGAGACCUACAACUCCACAGGGCUUCCCCCAGGGUGUAGGUUCACCAGGAAGGGCAGCCCUCAGUCAACAGGGUAACAUGCAACAGGCAUUCAUGGGAAUGCCCCAGCAUGGACAGCCUGGGGCCCAAGUUCACCCUGGUAUGCCAAAGCGACCCAUAGGCUUUCCAACCCCAAACUUUGUUCAAGGUCAGGUGAGUGCUAGCACUCCAGGAACCCCUGUUGGAGGCCCCGGCCAGCAGCUACAGAGCAGCCAAGCAAUGGCUCACACAGGAGCUCAACCAUCAGCCUCUACACCAAACUCAAUGCAGGGACCACCCCAUGCUCCACCUAAUGUUAUGGGUGUUCAAAGUAGCAUGGCAGGUUCAGCACCUGGUACAACUGCUGGGCCUAGUAUGGGCCAGCAACAGCCUGGCCUCCAGACCCAGAUGAUGGGCCUCCAGCAUCAGGCCCAGCCUGUGUCCUCCUCCCCCAGCCAGAUGGUUCAAGGCCAGGGUGCAGGUCAGACUGUCCUCUCAAGGCCCAUCAAUCAAGGGCAGAGAGGAGGGAUGACCCCACCCAAGCAGAUGAUGCCUCAGCAAGGCCAGGGGGUGAUGCAUGGGCAGGGUCAGAUGGUUGGAGGCCAAGGGCACCAGGCCAUGCUCCUGCAGCAGCAGCAGCAACAACAACAGCAGCAACAAAACUCAAUGAUGGAACAAAUGGUUGCCAACCAGAUGCAAGGCAACAAGCAGGCUUUCGGGGGCAAGAUGCCAGCCGGGGUUAUGCCUGGGCAGAUGAUGCGUGGCCCUUCUCCAAAUGUACCAGGUAACAUGGCUCAGUUCCAGGGUCAGGUUGGCCCACAGCAGAUGACUCCACAGCAACAACAACAAAUGGCUCAACUUCAGCAGCAGCAAAUGCAACAACACCAGCUGCAACAGCAGCUGCAACAGCAACAGCAGCACCAGCAGAUGAAUCAGCAACAGUCUCAGCAGGUUCCUGUUGCUGGAAAUCCUAAUCAAGUUAUGGGCAUGCAUGGGCAACAGAUGAGACUGCCUUCAGGGCACCCUCUCAUUCAACAACAGUUGCAACAGCAGCAGUUACAACAGCAGCAGAAGCAACAACAAGCCAUGAUGCAACAGCAGCAGCAGCAACAACAACAACAGGCAGCUCAGCAACAUCCACAUGCCAUGGGGGAUCCAAACAGUGGGACAGGAGAUUUGGGAGUACAACAAAUGGUUCCUGAUAUGCAGGCACAGCAACAGCAAAGCAUGAUGGGAGGCCCCCAGCACAUGCAGAUGGGAAAUGGGCACUUUCCAGGUCAUGGCAUGAAUUUCAACUCACAGUUUCCAGGUCAGAUGCAGAUUGCAGGACCUUGUGGACAGCCAGGUGGCUUUCCUGUUAGCAAAGAUGUUACACUGACUAGCCCACUGCUGGUCAAUCUGCUGCAGAGUGAUAUUUCAGCCAGCCAAUUUGGACCAGGAGGAAAACAAGGAGCAGGUGGGGGAAAUCCAGCCAAACCCAAAAAGAAGAAGCCAGCACGCAAGAAGAAGCCCAAAGAGGGAGAAGGUCAACAGCAAGUAGAGGGACUUGGUAGUCUUGAAGUGGCUGCUGGCAUGGAGGAUGCUGAACUGCCAAAUCUUGGUGGUGAACAUGGUAUGGGCUUAGACAACGCAGGCCAGAAACACCCUGAAUUUGCUAACAGGCCUGGAGGCUUUCCUGGCCAGCCUGGAGAUCAAAGAGUAUUGCAGCAAGUACCCAUGCAAUUUAUGCAGCAGCAGCAACAACAACAACCACCAUCGCAGCAACAACAACAACAGCAGCAGCAACAGAUGCAGCAGCAGCAGAUGCAACACAUGCAACAGAUACAAGGUCUCCAGAAUGUGCAAGGACAGCAGGGAAUGACAGGACAGCAGACUACAGGUCAAGGCCAGCCCCAAAUGCACCCUCAUCAGCUACAGCAGCAACCACAACAGCAACCACACCUGCAACAGCAGCAACAACAGCAGAUGAUGAUGAUGCUGAAGAUGCAGCAGGAGCAGGCGAAGAAUCGUAUGCCCAUCCCUCCAGGAGGGCAGCUACCUCCCCGAGGAAUGGGAAAUCAAACUGAGGUGCAAAGACAUCCUGUCUCACAGCAAGGCAACAUGCCUGUGAUGAUCAGCCUUCAAGGACCUGGAGGGGUGCCACCAUCACCUGACAAAGCCAGAGGAAUGCCCCUGAUAGUGAACCCACAGCUUGCAGGGGCUGCACGACGAAUGUCCCAUUCUGAUGCAGGACAGGCUCCCCAAGGAACUGGAUCUGAAGAAGCCCCUUCAGGUGCCCACUCAAAGCAGGACAGACCUGGUGGCCCAGAAAUGGGGGGACAACCAGGAAAUGGCACUCAACAGAUUGUGGGCAAUCAGGCCUCCAACACUCACAUGAUGAAGCAAGUCCCUGGUUCAGCGCAAAUGCCCCAGCAUACUGGAGCUAGUCCUCAGCAGCAGUUACCCACUCAACCUCAACAAGGAGGUCCCAUGCCUGGUCUUCAUUUCCCCAAUGUCCCCACAACCUCACAGAGUUCAAGACCUAAAACCCCCAACAGAGCCAGCCCCAGACCAUACCACCAUCCCCUCACCCCAACCAAUCGUCCACCCAGUACUGAACCCUCAGAAAUUAACCUUUCACCCGAGAGGCUAAAUGCCUCUAUUGCAGGGCUUUUUCCUCCCAAAAUUAACAUUCCUUUGCCUCCAAGGCAGCCAAACCUAAACAGGGGAUUUGAUCAGCAAGGUCUUAAUCCAACAACUCUGAAAGCCAUUGGACAGGCACCUCCUAACCUAACUUUACCAGGAAACAACAAUGGCAGUGCUGGUGGAAAUAACACUAACAACAAUCAGCAGGCAUUUUCUGCUGGUUCUGGUACUGGGAUGGUAGGUGCUAAACAGGACAAACCAGCUGGAGUGCAGGGUAAGAGGGCAAGUCCCAGCAAUAGUAGGAGGUCAAGCCCAGCCUCUAGUCGUAAGUCGGCCACCCCGAGUCCAGGAAGACAGAAAGGGGCAAAAAUGGCUGUCACUGGCCCUCCACACCAGCAGCAGUUGGUCAGUCCUCAGGGGCAAACAAUGAUGCUAAGCCCUACCUCAGUACCUCCAAGUCCAGUAUCUAUGGCUUCACAAGUGACUGGUUCCAUGGAGGCGCAGCAGACCCAGAGCAACCUUCAUGGAAUUCAAGGUAACCCUGCUGAUGGAGUCAGGGAUAGUCAGGGAAUGAUAACAGCAGAGCAGCGACAGAUACCACAGUCUCAGUCACAGCCACAGCCUUUAAGGGAGUUAUCAGCACCCAGAAUGACUAGCCCUCGUCUGCCUGCACCUCAGCAGCCUAAAACUGACUUGGAACUGCAGGCUUGCACUGUUGAUAGGCAGCUGACGCAUUCAGCGCCUGUACAGGAGUCCGAGGUCUCACCUGCUAUCAGAGCAGCCCCGACUUCCCUAAACCAGUUACUGGAUAACACAGGUGUUCCAAAUAUGUCCCUGAGAACCGUACAGAGUAGUACUGUUAGGGAUGUAAUGGGAAAGGACAGUCCUAAGUCUGCUUUUGAUCCAGAAAGACCACUUCACAGUAAUUCCCAAAGCACAGAUAUGGCAGUGUCUGUUGCUAAUACUGCAGAAACCGAAGCUAAACUCAAACCUGCUGUCCCAGUCCCUACCAGCAGUCCUAACUUACUGCCUGUUUCAGUUCCUGGUUCACAUCCUCCCAAUAGCAUGAACUCCAAUACCACUCCCAGCCUUAAUCAAAACCCAGUUUCCAGUCUUGGUGUCAUUCCUAGUUCAAAUGUAAAUGCAACACCUACACACACAGUCAGUACCAACACUAAUGCCACCACAAGUGUAAACCCCAGUACAAUUGCUUCCAGUCAGAUUAGUUCUGCGUCCACAGUUAGUAGUAGUUCGAACUCUAGCUCUGCUGUAAACCCAAUUGGUUCGGCUACUAAACCAAGCCCUAGUCCUAAAACUGUGACAAGUGUCCACUCAGUCAUACAGAUCCCUGCCUCUUCUAGCACCAUUUCCCCCAACCAGAUCACUGUGUUUGUGGCCUCAAACCCUAUCACUUCUGCCCCUGCUUCACAGCCACCCACAUCUAUGGUUUCAACUAUGGUGGCUGUCCCUCACAGGAACAUUAGACCUCAGGACAUCCGGCAGCAGAGCUCAGCAUCCCGACCUCCUCAGUUCAUCACAACCACCCCUGUAUUUAUCAACCCAAUUUUCCAGGUCCCAAGUUCAUCUGUGGCUCCCAAUACUACAGUGGUAUCUCAGUCAGUCACCAUGGUGGGGUCUAUCCAAGUGUCAAAUGCAAAUAUCCAGCUUUCUGCUGCUCCAAGCUCUACCCAGUCCUCAGGGACUAACAUGACCAGCAGUCAGCCCACUAGAAAUGCUGUUGGACAGCUUCAGAUUGCCACUAGUAUGUCAUCACCGGCCCCAGCACCUCCCCUAGGUCUUCAAAGUAACCCAGCAGCUAACAAAACAGAAAGCCCCGGUGAGGCUAUUUCUACUCCAAAAUCUCACCCAGUUCCACAGCCAUCUCCUCAUCCCAACCCUUCAGCAUCUCCCUUUCAGCCACCCCUGGCUUCUCCUCUUCCCUGCUCUAGUCCUGGGGCUGUUAACACCGUCCGGAAAAGCCCUGUUUCUUCAUCUCCAACUGCCCAGUUAAGAAGUAAGCCUGCACAGGUUGCUGUAGCUGUUUCUGUUACAGCGGACUCCCAGCAAAGUCCUGUGGAAAGGCCUGCAAAGGGGCACACAGGGGCUGUGCCACCACAGGUCUUUCAUCCUCCUGCUAGUCCAGCCAUUCAGAUUGAAGCACAAGCCCCCCAUACUACUGCUGUUUCCCAAAACACCCUUGCUAUAUCUGCAGUUUCAUCUCCAGUCCCAGUUCCUGGUCAAGUCACUGCUCCUACUCAGAUUAUAAGCCAGACUCAAGCACAUGCACCAGCUUCAGUCUCAACCCCAAUGCAAGCUGUAACAUCUCAAGCUCCUGUUGUGGCUGUAGUUGGUACUCCCACUGGUGUUUCUUCUUCAGCUGUGCUCUCCACAGUUCCUCUUGUGCAAAGUCCAGUACCGUCCAUUAUUCCAACCCUUGCCACACCUGGACCUGUUCAGGAGGGUUCCCAGACCACAUCCUCUCCAGCUGCUAACCCAAGCGGAGUUCCAGCAGGCCAGUCUGACCCUGCAACAGCUGCGGAGCCCUCCAUCCCAACAGCUGGAGCAGCUGCUGAAACCACUCAGACCACAGCAGCACCUAUUCAACAAGAAGCUCCACAGUCACAGGAACCUACUGCUACCGAGAAGACCGGUGAAGAGGCUUCGACCGGUUCUGAACAGGGAUGGGCAAAGAAAAGAAAGGCGCCCAUCAACUUAGUCUCAAGAGCUGCUGUGGAGAAGCCCAAAGGGCCAAGCAGGCGCAGCUCCCGGGCUGAGAAAGAGGUGGAGGAGGAGCCAGUAGCAGACAGCAGCCUUAGGAAGAGAUCAGCCAGGCCUGCAACCAGUGCUGCUGUGAAAGAAGCUGGAGCGAGCCCCACGCAGGCCAAGAGAAGGAAGUCUAAGUAGGCACGACUACAGUUGUGUUUACCUGUGAAAUGUACUGUAAAUGUUUUUGUUUCCCCGCUGUGAAUCACUUGAUAAUGGUUUCUCUGAGCAGGAUUAUAAAUUUUUACUAGAGGAAGAGACCUGUGUACAGAUUGUUUUAAAAGGAAUCAUGCUAUUGUCGUGUCCACGUGAGAUUGUAGUUAGGUGUGCAUACAGUUUGUGUGAAUGUGCUUUUUAUAUGAAAUGCUGGAUUAAUCAUGUGAAGAUAGAUGGUGCAGCUUGUCAUGACGGUAUAAUGUAAAACAAAUAAAAUUUUCUACCGCUUU